ACCCUCAGAACUGUUUGAACAGUAGUAGUUCGUGCCCGCACCGCAGUGCAGCCUUCCCCUCCCACUGGUAAACAGCGAAGAUGAGCACUGUCGGUGACAAAUUUCGUAUCGGCAUCUUGACAGUUAGUGACCGCUGCAGUGCUGGCUUAGCAAAGGAUGAGAGUGGACCCAACUUGAAAAAAUUAGUAUCCGGUGAAUUACUUGAUGGUAAUGUUCUUGCAGAAGACAUUGUCCCAGAUGAAGUGGAUAGGAUAAUGGGUAUACUGUUUGACUGGUCAGACAAAUUACGUCUGGACCUAAUUUUGACGACUGGUGGGACAGGCUUUGCACCUCGUGACGUCACACCGGAAGCCACAAAGCGUGUCGUGUCAAAGGAGGCGCCAGGUUUGUCUACUCUCAUUCUCCAGAAGGGGCUGGAAAAAACUCCAUUUGCGGUUCUGUCAAGAGGUGUGUGUGGAAUACGUGGCAAAACCCUGAUUAUCAACCUGCCAGGCAGCACUAAAGGAGCUCAGGAGUCCCUGGAAGCAGUCGCCAAAGUCCUGCCACACGCGGUGGAGCUGGUGAGGGACAGCAAGAAGGAAGUGGAGCAGGUUCACAGGAGCAUGGGUGCACAGGGCGACAGUGAUCCCGAGGCCGCCCCUCCCAGCGUCCACAGCAAGGUGGAUGUGUCAAAAGUAGCACUGCGACCCCGCAAGUCGACUUGGCCGCUGCUCACUGUGCCUGAUGCCCAGUGGAAGGUUCUGGCACUCUGUCCGACACCUGCAGAUCCGGAGUGCCUCCCUCUCACCGCACGUCUAUUGGGUCGUGUGUUGGCAACUGAAGUGACUUCUAGUGAUCCUCUUCCACCGUUUCCUGCUUCCAUUAAAGACGGGUAUGCUGCUAUCAGUUCAGAUGGAGCUGGCAGGCGCGAAGUUGUUGGCAGUUCAGAGGCUGGAGUCACGGUGGAUGGCGUCUUCUUGAAACCUGGUCAGGUAGUGCGUGUGAACACGGGAGCCCCCGUGCCUUCAGGAGCUGACUGUGUAGUGCAGGUGGAGGACGUGGACCUGGUCCGCUCGUCAGCUGAUGGAACCACCGAGCUGGAGGUGGAGGUAAAGGUGGCACCGAAGCCGGGGCAGGACAUCAGGCCACUGGGAAGCGACAUCGAGACAGGGCAAACAGUUAUUCCCGCAGGCACGGAGAUCGGCCCUGCUGAACUGGGGCUGAUGGCUACUGUUGGGGCCACUACGGUGUCAGUCCACAGGUUACCUAAAGUAGCGGUGCUCUCCACGGGAGACGAGCUGCAGGAACCUGACAAGCCGCUGUGCCCCGGCCGCAUCCGAGACAGCAACAAGCUGACACUGCUGUCCCUGCUGGCCGAGCAGGGCUUUGGUGACACCUACGAUGCUGGCAUUGCGAGAGACAACCCCGACUCGAUGCUGGAGAGGUUGACUGCAGCGUUGGAGAUGGCUGACGUGGUGAUUUCAACAGGCAGUGUCUCAAUGGGUGAACGUGACAUGCUGAAAGAUGUGCUCAUAAAUGACCUUGGUGCCACCAUACACUUUGGAAGAGUUUUUAUGAAACCAGGUAAACCGACGACAUUUGCAACACUGGAAUACAAAGGGCGCUGCAAGCUGGUGUUCGGGCUGCCGGGGAACCCCGUGUCUGCGACUGUGACAUGUCACCUCUUUGUACUGCCAGCUCUGCGCAAGAUGUCCGGCUCUACACUUCUGCUGCUCGGCACGAUUGUUUCUGCUAAGACUGAAAAGGACAUUUCAUUGGACCCAAGGCCUGAAUAUCACAGAGUGUCUCUGGACUGGCAGCCAGGAAAUGCAGUUCCUGUUGCAAGGAGCACAGGCAAUCAGCUAAGCUGUCGCCUCCUGAGUUGCCUCUCUGCCAAUGCCUUCCUGAUGCUUCCAGCACGGACGGAGUUCCGGCAGACAUUACCUGCUGGCUCCAUUGUGGAAGCACUUCUGUUGAAGCGAUUCUGAGCCACUUCACAGUGGGAAGCAUUUUCUCAGAAAUAUUUUGCUUCCAUUAAUAGCUUUUAUAUAGUUCUGUUUGUUAAAGGCAGUGGUUAUUCAAUAGGUAAUGCACUUGGUUGGAUAUCUGCAUUUGUGUUAAAUCGUUGUUUCCAUGUAUAAAGACUGCCUCAACACACAGUACAUUGUUGUUUUGUUAAGCACAAUAGCUUUACAGGUACUGUGAAGCCAGCUGCACACAGUUUACUUUUCACAAGUUGGUGCCUCUAUUAAUAUUACAUUUAUAUCUCACAGCAUAUUGCAUUGUUAGUUCCAGAAUACUUUUACCCAAAAUGCUUAAUGAAUGCACUAGAUUGCUUAUUCAUUUCACACAUGUGAGACUGUGCAAAGGUGUGAAUCAAACACGCAAAAUAAGUACAAUCAUUUUACUGUGAAAAGAGAAUUGUGUGCUUCCUGAUGAUGGGCCUGCAUGUUUGAAAACAGUAACUACAGGUGUUAUUAUAUGUGUAUACUAUAUCUCUUGACUUUUGUAUGGCGAAAACGGAAACCAGAAAAAAAUAAGGAAACGACAGAGCAAUUGUUUCUUAAAUCUCUACAUUGAUAUAUGGAUUUUAAAAAUUGAUCUACACUUUUUUUAACAUUCUGGUGCAGUUCAUAUGUCCAUAAUUUUGAAAGAGUGGCUUUUAAUAUCAUUUGAAUCUCUGUCUUUCACUAGGUUAAGAAAUAUGGAAGGUGUAAUGUUUCAGUUAAAUGAGGAUACUUUGUUUUUCAAAAUUUGAGAUUAGUUGAUGUUGAAUAGUACAUUGCCUGUUGAAUAGCCUGCACAGAAUUUGACUGAAGGCACAAAAGCUGUGCCAUAUCUUCAUAAUAUUUUGGAGGUUUGCUGUUAAGAUUAAGUUUUAAUCAACAUUGGUUUGUGAAGUGUGGUAUGAAAGCAUUGUAUGAAUAGACAUUGUGGAAAGAAGGUUGUAUUGGAGGAACAUUUUGACGAAAAGGAGGGGGCAAAACAUUCCAGGAUAUUUUUGGAACAAUCAAAGCACAAAAAGGAGCAUUUUUUUUUUUAAUGCCAUUGACAGAACACAGAUUUUAAGAGGAUGCAUUUUAGUUCGUGACAAUUUUCUGCAAAAUAAUAGUCACAUGUGUACACAGUAAAUAACCUUUAAAAUGAAUAUACAUAAAACCAAGCAGAAAAAUAAGGUACCUUUAUCAAUCAUUGUCAACAGCAGAAAAAUAAGAUGUGAUGAUCCUCUGCAUCCAUAUUUGCGGAUGUCGCUUGGAUUUUGUUGGAGCAUAACUAAUGUACCAGUACCAUGGUACCUCAUUGCUAUGGAAAACAUGAUGAAGGAAUUUGAAAAGUGAGUGCUAGUAGCUCUCUGUAUCAGUUCAACUUCCUCUAAUUUUGCAGUAGGUUGUUUCAGAGGAAGUAAUGUGUUGUCAUUCUUCUCUCAUAUGCUUGGGCAAGGAUCACUGUUGACUUAAUUACUAAAUACUCUAAUGGCCUAGUUUCAUCUCUCUCACUGGUAGAAGCAAUCCAUAGUUAUAAGAGCUAAUGUUUAUAUGAUCUUACUUUAUGUUUGUGCUGCCACUUGUUGGUUACAAGCUUUUAUUUCACUUCAUAGCCAGAAAUUUUUGUGCUGUUUAUGUUGUUUCCAGCAGCACAAGUCAGUCUAAACCUGGUUGGACAGAACAACAUUGCCCGUGUAAUGUGACAUUUUAUUCACUUCAACUCACUCCCGGUACAAUGUUGAUAUUAGUAAAUUAAGAAUUUGGGGAAAUAAUGAUUUAGAUCCUUGAAGAAUACUAAAAAUUCUGUUGGAGAAAUAAUUGACCACAGUGUAGAAGUCGUGGUCUUGAUAGCAGCACUAAAAGCAAAGCAGAUAUGAUCAGAGGCAGCAGUGACAUGGUUUGACACAAUCUGUGUAUACAAAAGUAGGUAAUUCAGUAUUUUUAAAUUUAAAAUUUUUUCUGCAACUUUGAUUUGUCUUUUAUAUUUGAGACCACCAUGUAUUUGUGACUGAGUUGUUAGAAUAGUGGAGUACUUUGACACCAAAAACUAAAGAUUUUCAAAAACUAAAAUUUUAUCCUCUGCAGAGAUUAUUUUUUUCAUUAGCCAUUAUAAAAAAUGUGUGUUUCUGAAAGCGUAAUACAUUUAAUUGUAAUGAUUUGUGUGUGCUAUGUUGCACUUUUAGCAUUCAGCUAAUACAACCGUUUUUCUUAGUUGUCUAGAAAAUAGUUCACACGUCUAUUCUUUAUGCAUUCAUUCGGAUUUUUCACUCUGUUCAAGCUGUACGUGUGAGAAUUUAAUAAAGGACAGAGCGUGAAUGAGGUGUACAAAUCUUGUGGGUGCUAAAUAUUUCUUAUAUGAAGUAUUUUCUUAAUAGAAUUGCUUCUUGUUGUAAUUAACUAUUAUGUUACUGGGUGUUAGAUAUAGUCUUAUUUAUCUCACUUGAAACUAUGUGUAGUGUCUGAGCGGAUGUAUGUGUCUAUGGUUGUCAUCUAAGAAAAGCACAAAAAUAGUUAACAAGAGGGUUUGAGAAAUGGCGGAGACAGAUACUUUAAUAGAUAUACAUGCACUUAACAUGGUGGUUGUGUGUAAGAAAUGUAUUCAGUUUCUCAAAGGAAAUCAGUAACCACAAGAGUUACCAAAAUAUUGCUCAGUUUAUCUAGGAUGCAUUUGUGAUUGACAUGUGAGACUAUUUAUGUCAAGAAGAGAUAUUUACCAAAUUGUAAAGACAAUGUGCAAUCUCAAGCAAUAUAAGCAUGUUGAUCUGAGUAGUUCAAGACUGAUGAGACCUUUAUCAGCAACUUGAAUUUUGACUGACCUUAUUAGUCUUCCAGCAAUACAAUAGAAACAUCAUUAGUUCCAUUUUGCUUCCUAUUGUAGUAGAAGAUAAAAUAUGUGAAGUUGAUGAUUCAUGUAUGUAACAGGUGGUACAACAUAGCUUUUUUAGAUUUUGAUAUGUGUUGUCACUGUAUUAAAUGCCAUAAUAAAUAUGCUAUUGCAGAAA